AUGGAGAUACAAACUUCAGGGAAGCCCAUUGAUGUGCUGAUGGAGAAGGUUCUUCGCAUGAACAUUCUGUCUUCUGAUUACUUUAAGGAGCUCUAUAGGUUGAAGACCUAUCAUGAGGUCAUCGAUGAGAUCUACAACACUGUCGAACAUGUGGAGCCUUGGAUGACUGGCAAUUGCAGAGGCCCCUCCACUGCAUUCUGUCUUCUAUACAAGUUCUUCACCAUGAAGCUUACUGUCAAACAGAUGCACGGUUUGUUGAAGCAUCUUGACUCCCCAUACAUUAGAGCUAUUGGUUUCUUGUAUCUUCGGUAUGUUGCAGACCCAAAGGUUCUGUGGACGUGGUAUGAGCCCUAUUUGAGGGAUGAUGAGGAGUUCUCCCCUGGAUCUAAUGGCCGCAAGACAACCAUGGGUGUUUAUGUGCGUGAUCUUAUACUUGGACAGUACUACUUUGAUAGUCUUCUACCAAGAAUUCCUCUCCCAGUGACUCGUCAGAUUACAGCCAAUCUUGAGAAGAUGAAAUUGCCCACUAAGCUUUCUGGGGCAACUGGAGACUCCAGUCGUCAGGGAUCAGAAGAUACUGCACGUCGUCCUCCUUCAGUGAAAGCUUCUCUGUCGGUUUCCUUUGGACAGCGUGCUCCACAUCGGGCUUCCACCAGAGAUUCAUCCCCAGUUCGGCGAACAGUCACCCAUGAUGAUCAUCGAAGAUCAUACUCACCAUCUCGGCGCAGUGGUAGCCGUGAGGGUCCUGACCAUGAUCGUUCUGACCGAGAACUGGAUCGUUCUAGUCGUGACCGUGACAGAGACCGAGACCGUUCAAGCAGGGACCAGUAUCGUUCAAGCAGGGACCUUGACCGUGACAAGGAUGUCAGAGAUUAUCGUCGCCAUGAGCGUGAUAGCAGGGAUCGUGAGUACUACAGGUCCAGACGUUCAGAAGAAAGACAGGAUGGCAGAAGAGAUCGUGAAAGUAGCAGGCACAGGCGCUCUAGCUCUCACCACAGAAGCAGAAGUCGUAGUCGAAGCAGGAGCCGAAGCCGGAGCUGGAGUCGGAACCGGAAUGAGCAGCGAUCCAGCCCAUUCAGGGAUGCGAAUAAAGAGAAGGCAGCCACUGUGUUAAGCAACCUAGCAAAGCUGAAGGACUUGUAUGGUGACAUAACUGAGAAGAAGGAAGACAGUGAUGCUGAAAAGCUUCACCGUGAUUCAUGCGCUGAGGAGGUCAUCAGACUGGGAGGCCCUCGAUGGAGCCUCUCUGUAGGCCUUCUCGGAAAUACUCUUAAUAUUCCCAAACUUGAUAGAGCCGACUGGGCGACUGGAGCGGUAUGCAUGAACUUGUACACUUCUGAGAGUUACGUUCUUCCAGAUUACAUUCCGGAGGGUGUCCAGAACCGGACAGGAUCCUCUAUGAUAGGGGUUUGA